GAAGGGAGCAGACAGCGACUCCGGGCUGUGUUUAUAACCUUACUUCGCAUUCUCGUGGAGGAUUACGUAAAAGCGUUUAUAUCAUCCCCGAUUAAAACAGGAGGAGCGCGAUGAACGUCCAAGGUGCGGACGAGGACGAUCAGUCCAAGGCGGUGAUGCUGUUCGGCCGAGACAUCAGGAAGAUUCCCUGUUUCAAGCAUAGCAUGCUGAACGGCAUCUACAGCGGUCUCGGGGCCGGCCUGGCCACCUUCAUGUUCACCAGCCGCACGAAGCUGUCGACGAACGUCGCCCUGGGCUCCUACAUGGGCGUCGUCGUGGUUUACUGGUGCUACUGCCGGUACAACUACGUGAUGCAGAAAUACGCUAUGCAGGACCUGCAAAUCGUCCUUCGGAAUAAAUCGGCCGACGACGCGUAGCCAGGUCAAGGGAGCCUCUUAGGAGCAUCAGGGAAAAUGACACGUGAAACCUCGUGCUCCUCGAUAAAGACUUUUAAAUAAUGUACGAGAGAGAUGCUUUAUGCGAGCGUCGUGCGAUCACAGCACAAUAUGUAAUAUAAGAUUUUGUAUGUUAUUUAUAAAAUGUGUGUGAAAGGAUUCCUGAAGAAUGCCCGAGUUAUUUUUAAUCUUUUCAACUGUAUAUAACAUAUUACAUACUAAUUUGAUAUCUAUGAGAUUGUGGGUUCGAUUGUAUAUUUAUAUAAAAACAUAGUAAUUUUUUAAAGCGUCAAUAGACACGAAUUCUCGUAGAUUUCAAUAUUAUAAUAUACUUGCAAUUGGGAUAAUUUAAUCAUUGUAUGACUACACAAUUGCAUUGUAUUAUAUUUGAGCUAAUUGAAAGCGUUAAAAAAUGAUAGAUGUUUUUUAACAUAAUUGAUACAAAACUGUUGUACAGUACAUGGUAUUGUUCUGUAUAAUAAAUUUAUUAUUUUUCAAA